AUGGAAACCAUUCUGAUUGUAGACGACGAAAAAAAUACGCUUAAGAUGUUGUCCCAAGGGCUCAAAAUGCGAGGGUAUCAAGCUCUUACAGCUGCAAGUGGCGAGGAAGCGUUGCAACAGUGCAUCAAGUCCGAUGUGGAUCUUGUGCUAUUGGAUAUCCGCAUGGAAAAUGGAAUGGAUGGUGUUCAGACGCUUGUAAAACUUCGUGAACGCUAUCCGAAAUUAAAUGUGGUGAUGAUGUCUGCGCAACAAGAUAUCGAAAUUGCUGUUACGACAAUGGAACUCGGUGCAAAGCGAUAUAUCACAAAACCGAUUAGUAUUGAUAAAAUUCUCUCCAGUGUUCAGCCGUUUUUAGAUAUAUCGCGCUUAUCGCAAGAAAAUGAGAUUCUGAAAUCACAAAUUACACCCACCGACGAAAUGGUAGGUGAGAGUGCCGUUAUUUCGCAUCUCCGCUUGCAGAUUGAGCGGGUCGCGGGAAGCAAACUCGGUGUCCUAAUCUCUGGCGAGAAUGGCACAGGUAAACAGCUUGUUGCUAAUGCGAUCCAUCGACAGAGCAGGCGUGCCGCGAAAACCUUUAUCCCCCUCAACUGUGCCGCUUUGCCCGAUGAACUCAUUGAGAGCGAACUUUUUGGACAUGAACGAGGCGCGUUCACUGGCGCAGAUUCACGAAGACAGGGACGCUUUGAACUCGCUCACGGUGGAACUAUCUUUCUCGAUGAAAUUGGCGAUAUGAGUUUAAAGGCGCAAGCAAAGGUCCUUCGCGUCAUUGAAACCGGCGAAGUCGAACGUCUCGGAGGAAAUCAGAUUCGGACGGUAGAUGUUCGAAUUAUCGCAGCGACUAACAAACACCUCCCUGAGGAGAUUGAGAAUGGGCGAUUUCGACGCGAUCUUUUCUAUCGGCUUAAUGUCGUGCCUAUUACCGUUCCACCGCUCCGAGAGCGGACAGAGGAUAUUCCGCUGUUAGUGAAGUAUUUUGCCGAGCGGUUACAACUCAAUAUUGCAUCCACGCCGAAAGUCAUUGACCCAGGGGCUUAUGCUGUGUUUCAAAGUUACAGUUGGCCAGGGAAUAUCCGGGAGUUAAAAAACAUCGUUGAACGCCUCCUUAUUAUGGUAAAUCGAGAUGUUGUGAUGGCACCGGACGUCGCUGAGGCUUUGUCUCUGAUUCCUCAACCCACUUCGUUAUAUCCGACAUCAAGCGCGACGCUGAAUCAAGGUGCCUUACAGGCCCCUCUGGGGAUACCCCUCUACAAACCUGGAACAGCUCUGGGUAAGAUGAUGGAUACUGCCGAGGCGCAAUGCAUCCUUGCGGCUUUGGGAGAGAAUAAGUGGAACAUCCGACGUACCGCGGAAGCAUUAGAGGUGGAGCGGAGUAACUUGUACAAGAAGAUGAACCGGUAUGGCAUUUCUCGACCAAGUUCUGAGGGUUAA